CUAGGGGCGCUAUAGCUACCCCUGGAUUAGUCAUUGCACCCCCAAGUAAAUAUUAGAUUUAUUUUUUUAGUUAACGUGUGGAUGUGAUAAUAUUUAACAUACAAAAUAAAAAUGACCAGUAAAUUAUUAUAUAGAUAGUAAAAAUCUAAAUAAAAACAGGAAAUUGAUGUUAACCUUUGACCUCAUUUUCCACCUGUGAACGAGUGAAAGGUAGAGCUAGUGGUAAAAUGGAUCGGUUUUUGUUGCCCACAUUUCCAAGGUUCAGUCAGAAACCAAUGAAUCUUUGGAAGUGAUCGCAGACCCACAAAAACCUACGGAUCUGGAGGAAAACAGGACAUUUUGCAGUGAAGCAUUCAGCUGGAUGAAGCUCAGGCAGCUGGUUUUUCACUUUGGCUUCAAACUCAGCUGGGUUAACAGGAUCACCUUGCUUGUAGCCAUCCUGAACAGACAAAAGUCUGAAAUCAACUGGGUUCUCUGAGAGGAGGCUUCGGACAAACAACAACGAAAGGUAAGCAUCUGGCCUGUACUGAACCUGCAAAAGAAAGAUAAAUACACGUCUGUUCAUUGCUACUUUUCUAAAAGGCUUCACUAACACCAGAUCAGUGAUUUAGUUCACAGACACAUCUGAAUAUUUGAUCUUAAAUGCUGAAGAACAAAGUGCAGUAAUAUAAAAUCAGCGCUUAUUACCUUAACCGCAUACUUUGUGCCAGAGGGCAGAAUCUUUUUAUGGCAUUAAACUGCUACGAACGCCCAAUAUGUAGUGUGUUUGUUUUUCUACCAGCUUCUUCAUCUGAGCAGAAAAAUCAUUAAAAUGAGACUUAAAGGGGCAUUAUGGAAGUUUGACAGCCAAAACAUGUAUAGAAAUAAUACAUUUCUUCUUCAUACAUUCUCCUGCAAUGCCCUGGUCCUGUAGAAUGAACCCUGGCAUUUUUACUGUGAUUGCCUGUUUUUCUGUAAAAUCACAGAAAAAGAGAGCUGCUCGGGUCGAGCAGGCUGCUUCAUGCGCGUUCACGCUCAGGCAUCGCCCGUAGCAUUUGCUAUCAGUAGCUUUAGCAGCAGAGAGAGAGAGGUAGUGCCAACUCAGCGACUUUGUCGCUGUUCCUAACGCCUAAUGAUGAACCUAGCUACAUUUCUGAGGACCCUUAGCUACUUUCUUCUAGAUAUUUCCUGCAAAUGAGCAACAAAAUAGCCAUUUUCGCUCCGAACCGUUCUUUGAGCAUUGUUUCAGCUGUUAUCAAGGAUAUAAAAGUUACAGAUACAAAAGAUGUCACUGGCGCUUUAGCUCACCCAGUAAAACGUCAGACUCUCGUGCAGAAGAUCCAGGGUUGAUUCUGGAUGUGACCAUAAUUUAUUUAGUUUCUUUUUUACAUUAAUGGUAUAUUUUUUUUUACAGUAAGAUGCCCAAAUUUUAAUUUGAGACUCGUCGAACGGCAUUGAAUCCACAGAUAAAGAUGUGGGUUCAACUUUCAUUUUGGAACAAAUUUUCAAGCAAGGGAAGGGAAUGAUCUGUGAAGCUGACGGACUGACCCAUCUUAAACCUUUGUCUGUGCUGAAGAGAAAGGUACAGAACCAAGUUAUUUAAUUAAUUAGCUGCGCGUUCUCCUGUCGUCUGUCCUCCCGGCCACACACACACACACACACACACACACACACACACACACACACACACACACACACACACACACACACACACACACACACACACACACACACGGGACUGUCUCAGCAGUUAUUUUCGUUAAGGAGUGUGCACCUACAGCAUGUGCGCCUCGUGCACGAGCCUACUAUUGAAGCUGCCGUUACGCUUUUGGCCUGAGAUUUCAGAUUCAGAUUUCAGAUUUAUUGGCCAAGUAAAAUUACAUUUACAGGGAAUUUGUCUUCGGUAGAUGUGAGGGGGUAAUCGCAAGCAUAAAAAUUCAAAACUCUGCAAAGUCCCUUUAAUAACGAGAAUGUUACUUUUGCAUGUGGAAAAUACGAGGAACUAAAUCAGACUCAAGCUCACCAGUUGAGUAUACACUUGAAUUGUUGCGUCAGGAAUUGCUAGAUAAACCCAGUCUUCAGACAUCCUGAUGAUUUCUGCUGCUUUUCCCAGAGAAGUGAAGUUCCUGCUACUGUUCAUCUCCAAUGUUUAACAUCAGUUGGUUUCAGAUCAUGUUUAUACUGUUAUUCCUGACUGGAAAGUUUUCAGCAUGGGUGGAGCUUUAAGGAGAUCAAACUUGUCACACCUGAAAAGGUGAGGCGUUGCUUGAAAGAUUGGAGCUGUGGUGUGAGUGACCCAACAGAUGAAAAAGAUCCAGGAGGAAAAGAGUUAAUUUUAACUAAGGAAUGAGGAAUCUGUGGUAAGGCGAGGCAGGAACGUAAACAUGAUCAAACUAAAAAGAUCCGAACCAGAUAGUGCUGAACAAAACAAAGCAAGACUGAGCUGGGAAAAAAAUAUGUAGCAUGGUUUAAUCAAACCAGGUCUAAGAAAUUAAGAGAUGGACAAUACCAGUAAGUAUGUAACAUUUAUUCAUAGAGCACCUUUCACAGAUAAUGUGUCAUAAGGUUACAACAUAUAGGUAAAAACUGGACUAAAACGUGCACAAGGAAAAUGUAUCUGAAUAAAACAAUAGUAGAAAAAGUAUCAUAAUCAGAAUCAUUGCAAACAAGGAAAAUAAAAACAGUAGUAAAAAUAAAAAUAUAAGCAAAACUAAAAGUUUUACACACAUUUAAUGAGAGAAGGAGAGAAAUGAUCUUUUUAAAACCUCUGCAGAGUUUCAGAGACAGAGUUUGAAGGGCAAACUGAAGAAGAAGUUUAUUUAGACAUCACUUUUCACAGACACAAGUCAGUAAGUGCUUUACAGACUAAAACAAACAUACAAUAAACAACAACAUAGUCAAUUAAACAGCAUUACCACUAGUGGUGGGGAGGGACUAUGGGAAAGACAGCCAAGGGCAAGGGCGUAGGUGGCCCGAGGGGCAAAACUGAAAUGGUAUAAACUAAAAACUAACAGAGAUUCAGUACUUUCAGUAGGUUGGAAGGCUAACCAGGAGUCACUAAGUAUUUGAGGCAGCCUACAUGCCUGGAGACAGCUGGAGAGAGGUACCAGCCCCCUGCGACAAGCGGGUAUAGAAAAUGAAUAGAUGGACUCUGGCGCUGAUUCAACGAUAUAACUUUGACAGUGCAAUGUGGAUUCUACAUAGUUUCAUUGUGUUUGCUAUCUGGAAAGUGAGCCAACAUCGUUCCACAGUGAUUUAUUUCCCAGGAUGCCAAUAGUUUAGCUGUCAUCAGCAGUCUUCACACCAGAAUAACUUCGUGCCUCACCUUGAGUCUUUCUGGAACUUUAAGAAGGAAUUUGAUGAGAAAGAACAAAGUUGAAGCAGAGCUUCAUGACACUAAUUCUACCCUAGGGGUUUAUUGUGGUAUAUAACAAAAGUGUUCUGUUGUUAUAAUUUUCAAAAAGGUUUAAUUUCAUGCAGAAUAUCACAGAAAACAAAAUGAUCAAAUACAGAGGCAGGCCUUGUCCUGGUGAAAGAAAUCCCAAAAUAAAAAUGCUAAACAAGUUCAAAAACAUGAAUUUAGAAUAAUUUAGAACUUUACAAGGCACUUUAGAAUGAACUAGCAUAUUUUAGAUCAUUGUACAAUGAAACAGAAUACAUCAUAUUUAUUAAACAAUCUAGUAAAUUCUUUAAAAAAAGAAAUUACUAGAUUACUUUUAAAAGUGACUGAACAAUCGAGACCAUUUUGGAUCAAAUAUAGAAUAUAUCUGCUCUGCAAUAUCGCGUGGACAUCGGGGGCAGUCCCACUGGACUGGCAGACCGGGGUGGUGAUCCUCUUAUUUAAAAAGGGGGACUGCAGGGUUUGUUCCAACUACAGGGGGAUCACACUCCUGAGCCUUCCUGGUAAGGUCUAUUCAGGGGUUCUGGAGAGGAGGGUCCGCCGGAUUGUUGAACCUCAGAUUCAGGAGGAGCAAUGUGGUUUUCGUCCUGGCCGUGGAACACUGGACCAGCUCUAUACCCUUAGGGGGAUCCUGGAGGGUGCGUGGGAGAUUGCCCAAACAGUCUACAUGUGUUUUGUGGAUUUGGAGAAGGCGUUUGACCGCGUCUCUCGGGGUUUCCUGUGUGUGUGUGGGGUGGUACUCCGGGAGUAUGGGGUACCAGGCCCUCUGACACGGGCUGUUAGGUCCCGACCGUUCUCAGAGCUUGGUCCGCAUUGCCGGCAGUAAGUCGGGCUCGUUCUCAGUGAGAGUUGGACUCCGCCAAGGCUGCCCUUUGCCACCGAUUCUGGUCAUAACUUUUAUGGACAGGAUUUCUAGGCACAGCCAAGGUGUGGAGGGCAUCCGUUUUGGUGGCCAGAGGAUCAGGUCUCUGCUUUUUGCAGAUGAUGUGGUCCUGUUGGCUUCAUCAGAACGUGAUCUUCAGCUUUCGCUGGAGCGGUUUGCAGCUGAGUGUGAAGCAGCUGGGAUGAGAAUCAGCUCCUCUAAAUCUGAGACCAUGGUCUUGGUUCGGAAAAGGGUAGAAUGCCUUCUCCGAGUCAGGGAUGAGGUCCUGCCCCAAGUGGAGGAGUUUAAGUAUCUCGGGGUCUUGUUCACAAGUGAGGGAAAACUGGAGCGUGAGAUCGAUAGGCGGAUUGGUGCUGCAUCUGCAGGCGUUGUACCGGUCUCUCGUGGUGAAGAGAGAGCUGAGUCAGAAGGCGAAGCUCUCGAUUUACCGGUCGAUCUACGUUCCUACCCUCACCUAUGGUCAUGAGCUUUGGGUAGUGACCGAAAGAACGAGAUCACGGAUACAAGCGGCCGAAAUGAGUUUUCUCAGAAGAGUGGCUGGGCUCUCCCUUAGAGAUAGGGUGAGAAGCUCUGUCAUUCGGGAGGGGCUCGGAGUAGACCCGCUGCUCCUCAUCGAGAGGAGCCAGUUGAGCAGGCUCGGGCAUCUGGUCAGGAUGCCUCCAUGGUGAGGUUUUCCGGGCACGUCCAACCUGGAGGAGACCUAAAGGUAGACACAGGACACGGUGGAGGGACUAUGCCUCUCACCUGGCCAGGGAACGCCUUGGGAUUCCCCCGGAGGAGCUGGCCCAAGUGGCUGGGGAGAGGGAAGUCUGGGCCUCUCGCCUUAGGCUACUGCCCCCACGACCCGACUCUGGAUAAGCGGAUGAAAAUGGAAGGAUAGAAUAUAUUAUGUAGAAUAUAUUUAGAAUGUUAUAUAUUUGUUAAAAGCUAGCCAGACACCUUAAAAGCGGUUCAGUUUAUAGACAUUUUUCGUUUGUAUAUUUGUUUUUUAAGUAACAUUUUAGGCAGAAAUCAGCCAGAACGAGUUUGUAUCGCGGGUCCCAGUUAUUCCUGUGUGUGUGUGUGUGUGUGUGAAGCAAAUUAAACUUGUCAUUUGUUUUAAGGACAGCGGAGCAAAGAAGCGUUUUUAUUAAGCUUAGAGGUGAAGAGUGAAGCUGUUUACACACAACCACAGAAGUUCUUCUGUGAAAAGUAGUUUUACAUUCAGGGAUUUACACAGCUGACACGUUUUAAUGAAGUAAAAAGUUUGUGUGAAGAAUAUAAUUUUUAUGUUUAUUGCCUUUUUGUCACCUGUGGUCUCUGAUUUUCUCUGUAGGACUGCAGGUGUCCAGGGUCAGGAGAGGUUUUACCUGCUGGUCAUCCUGGGAGAGAGGCCUUCUACUGUCAUAAUUAUUUAGCUGUUUGAUAUUUGAACACAUUUAUUAAAACAAAUACUAAUAACGUUCUGGUCAUUGAUUUUAUCACUAGUUUUAUUAUUACAGAUGUUUUUGAACAUGUUACAUGAACAGAAAAUGAAAAGAUGGUAAGGAGACAAGAUUAUUUAUAAUAGGUUAAACUUAUUUACAGAUCAAAACCAGUAUGGACCAGUUAUGUACGGUUAAAGCAGGAUUAACCUGAGUGACUCCUCCUGGAUCAUUUAUUUAAACUGAGUGAGCAGGAAGUCUUUAACAGUGCAGCUGGAUCUGCUGCAGGAGGAUCCAGACGUGGAUGGAGGGCUGGAGCAGACCCGUGGCUGGACGUUUCUGGUCAGAGGAACAUCAUACAGGAUGGUCAGCAGAGAGCUUUGGGACGCUUCCUCUCACUGUCCACUCCAUCGUCCAUCUACAGGGACUGCUGGGCUGGCUCAGACGACGGCUGUUACAUCUCUGUGAAUGACUUGCCUGUUAACAAUAGUGGUGGUCUGCUGGUACCUCCUCCAGGACAGAGCACCACUGACCUCCUCCACACACAUCUUCCUCACGCUCAUCCUGCUGACCCACAACUUCACCAGCACCGAUGCAGAUGUGCAGCACAGUGCAUGCUGACCUGUAAUAGAUUAAAUAAGAGUUUGUUUGUUUUUUUUUAUAGAAAAAUGUAAAACAAAACAUAACAUGCAGUACACUGAUUCUGUUCAGUUUAAAGAAAAGCAGCAGGGAAUAGUUAAAUAAAAACUACAGAUAAUUUACAUUUUUAAGACAGAUCUAAUCAUUAUUAGGCUUAAGUUGAAUAAACAAAUGCACAUUGAAAACACUUCAAUGCUACUUUAUUAAAAAGCCUGUUUUUUUAAAGCAUUUUACCCCAUUUGAUGCAAAAUAAGUUCUAAGGUCCAAUUUACAUUAGAAAACAUCCUACUGCAUUCAACAUUUAUAAUGCAUUUGGUUUAUAUUAAUUACCUACACGAUAAUACUCUGUAGAAAUGUGUUGUGUAUAUUUAACAAGUUCAUUAUGUAGCUUAAAACAUACAUUAAACCAUCUAAAGUUAACAUUUAAGUCCUGAAAGCUUCUAUAAUAAACAAAAUUACUUUACCUGAAAACGUUUGUGAACAAACGCUGCUGAUGGGCGUGACGCUGCUGUAGCUCCUUGCUCCAUUUUCGCUAGCUUUAGCAUUUUUCCUUUGCGUGUAGCUGCCGCCACGGCGGAUAACGGAACGACGCAGCUUCACGUACAACGUGACUACCAAGUGAGCUCAUUUACAUAUUACGUCUGACGUCACAAAGCGCAGAAUCCCUAUAGACCUAAGACCUAUAGGAACACGUCAUUCAUAUACACAUCGUCUAGAAGAGAGACACUUGUUUUUGGACUCCCACAAGAAGAUUUAAAAUGGCAAAAUCCACACAGGAAUGUUUAAAUAAUUCUACUAUCAGAAUUAAGGAAGGUAUUUCUGUUGCAAGCAGAUCAGAGGUUUACCAAAUCAACAAAUUAUCACAUUACAGGAAGUUUAGUCAGAUUGCCGAGUGCCAAAAUGUGAGAACAGGUGAAAUUUUGGCAAUAAAAUUUGUUAAAAACAAGUUUUAUUCUCAAAAUAAGAGAGAGGUGCAGAUAUUGAAACAACUGAAAAUGUUAAAUCUCCAGGACAGCAAUAUAGUCAACUUCUCUGAGUGUUUUUCAUACCAAGACAGGACCUGCUUGGUCUAUGAGAAACUGGAUUCAACCUUUCUGGAAUUGGUUUUAGCAGCAAAUGGGACACCUGUUCACCUUAUUGAGAUCAGAGCAAUUGCAUAUCAAAUGUUAGUUGCUCUAACGGCUCUGAACAACUCUGGUUUCACUCAUGCUAAUAUAAAGCCAGAAAAUAUAAUGACUAUGGAUGAAGAUUCACAUCAGUAUGGUGUAAAACUGAUUGGGUUUUCCAACUCUGCAAAGACAUCUGACUUAUGUGACUUAAAGAUCCCAUUAGAUUGUGGUUACACCGCACCAGAGGUGUACCUGGACUGUCCACUAGACGAAAGCCUUGAUAUCUGGAGCCUUGGAUGUACUUUAGCUUUUCUGUUCUUAGGGCAACACAUGAGCCCUGUGGACUGCGAAUAUCAGUACAUGAGGUUUAUCGUAGAUGUUUUGGGCCAGCCUGAAAAUGAACUACUGGAAAAAGCAUGUCAAAGUCGUCGUUUUUUUAAAAAAGUGAAACAGGGGUCUGAUUACGUUUGGAGACUCCGGACCCCGAAGGAAUUUGAAAAAACAACUGGAAGUGAGGUUAAGAAAACAGAUUGCAAUAAUUUCACUGAUUUAAGUGACUUUCUGUCUAAAUCCAAUCAACCAGAGCCAAUAGAUAAUGAUGACACAGAGGCUUUUAUCGACCUUCUCAUAAAAAUGUUAAACGUGGACCCAGCACUUAGGAUCAAACCGGCAGAUGCUUUAAAUCACCCAUUUAUAACAAUGACGCAUCUACGUUAUAUCUCAGAUGAAUUUUAUUUAACAGAAUCCCAAAGGAUUAUGAAGGAAUGCCAACACAGAGAACAAGAAAACACUUAUAGUUCUCUUUCCACUCCAAACAGCAACAGAGAACAGACCCCAGACCUGGAUUUUAGUAAGGAGGGAAAGAUAAAUCCCUCACAUUCAGUUCAGGCUGAAAUCAGAACAGGAACCAGUAGCAUUGAAACAAAAACUGAAAAGAAAAACACGCCACACUCUGACCCCAGGAAGAUUUCACCUAAUGAUGAGAAAUUCAAUCAGUUGUUUAGCAGUGAAAAUUUUGAAGGAGCUAAUUCAGAGGACUCAAAGAUGGACCUGUCUAUCAAAUGGAAAGACGAAGGGUCAUCCUCAACUGACUCACAGUGCAUCCCUUCAAUGUUAACACCAGGUAUGAUAAUUACGGGGAAUUCAAAGGUUUACAAAGUAGAGGAAGUUCUUGGUUCUGGGACGUGUGGACAGGUGGCCAGGUGCUGCAUACAGGGAACAGAAAAGGUUGUAGCUUUGAAAACAAUGAGUGGCCUAGAUUUCAGCAGUUUUUACAAUGAUACUAAAAUAUUAGAACGUCUGAACAAACUCCCACAAUACAAUAACCAUUUCAUCAGAUUGAACGACAGUUUCUGCUGUCAAGACUUUCUUUAUCAGGAAUUCGAGCUUUUGGAUAGGGAUCUGUGGGACUUUAUGGAGAAAGGUGGUUAUUUAAAGGUGGCUGAACUCAGAGCAAUUGCCCAGCAGACGUUAGAAGCUCUUAGCGCUUUGAAACAGCUUGGUAUUACGCACACAGAUCUGAAACUUGAUAAUAUCAUGCUUGUAAAUCAUGAAGCACAGCCAUUCAGAGUGAAGCUGAUUGAUUUUGGGUCAGCUUGUGAGACUGAACGUUUACUACGGAAAAGUAUCUAUCAGCUUUUGCUGUACAGAGCUCCAGAGAUAACUCUUGGUCUACCACGAGAUGAAGCUAUGGACACUUGGAGUCUUGGCUGUGUCUUGUCUGUUCUGUUUCUUCAUCGUUUUCCAUUCCCACAUGAAAACGAAUACGAUAAUCUGAGAAUAAUUAUAAAGCUCCUUGGUCAACCUGACCAAAAACUACUGGACGAGGGGACUCUAGUCUCAGACUAUUUCAGAAAAGGUAAGAACGGGUCUGAAUGCUCUUGGAGAUUUAAAACCCUGAAACAAUACGAAAAGAAGAGAGGAGCGGUGUCUACGAGGGCACGCGCAGCCUUUGAUGAUUUAACAACGCUGGAUGACAUGUUUUUCUCUGAAAACACCCAAAACUCAACUGAAAAUGAAGAUAUCAAAGCUUUUCUUGACCUCGUGAAGAAAAUGUUAACAGUGGAUCCAGCAAACCGGAUUCUGCCAGCUGAUGCUCUAAAACACCCUUUCAUCACGAUGGAGCAUCUUGAUGGCUCUUCAGGUAAAAGUUAUGUGAGAAACGCUCGUAAAUUAAUGAGAAAUGUCCAACCAGGGAAAUUUCCUUCAGAUGGUGAAAGUGUAAUCAGCGAACGCCCUGGGCCCAGUCAGGUGCCAGGUGUUCAAACAGACUUAGAUAGAUCUUUACCAAAGACAGAAUGUGAUAAAUCGGCAUUCAGUACAAAAUUUAGUUCUAAAGAAAUAGUAGAGGGUUAUUUAACAGAAUGCAAAAGAGGAAACAUUGCAGAGAAAACUUCUAUUGACACCAGAGAGAAGAAUGAGUCACUUCAUGUCUUGAAGAAUGAAGAAGCAAUGUGUAGCAAAAAGUUAUUAGAGUUAACCAGCACAGUAAACAUAGAGGAACUCCAUAUGGGUAAUCUUUCACCAAACCAAUCUACAGAUUGGGAAACUUCUUCCUCAGACACACAUGAGACAAACUCAUCUGACUCAGAAAGCUCAUCUUCAAAACUAAUCCCAGGUAUGAUGAUUACUGGCGAUUCAAAGGAUUACAUUGUAGAAGAAGUACUUGGAUCUGGGGCAUACGGAGCGGUGGCCAGGUGCCGUAUACGGGGAACAGAAAAGGUUGUAGCUUUGAAAACAAUGAGUGGCCUUGAUUCCAGCAGUUUUUACAAUGAGACUAAAAUAUUAGAACGUCUGAACAAACUCCCACAAUACAAUAACCAUUUUAUCAGAUUGAAUGACAGUUUCUGCUUUCAAGACUUUCUUUAUCAGGAAUUCGAGCUUUUGGAUAAGGAUCUGUGGGACUUUGUGAAGAAAGAUGUUUCUUUAAAGGUGGCUGAAGUCAGAGUGAUUGCCCAGCAGACGUUAGAAGCUCUUAGCGCUUUGAAACAGCUUGGUAUUACGCACACAGAUCUGAAACUUGAUAAUAUCAUGCUUGUAAAUCAUGAAGCACAACCAUUCAGAGUGAAGCUGAUUGAUUUUGGGUUGGCUGUUGAGACUGAACGUUUACUACAGAAAGGUAUCUAUCAAACUUUGCCGUACAGAGCUCCAGAGAUAACUCUUGGUCUACCACGAGAUGAAGCUAUAGACACUUGGAGUCUUGGCUGUCUCUUGUCUGUUCUGUUUCUUCAUUGUUUGCCGUUCCCACAUGUUAACGAAUACGAUAAUCUGAGAAUAAUUAUGAAGUUCCUUGGUCAGCCUGACCAAAAACUACUGGACGAGGGGACUCUAGUCUCAGACUAUUUCAGAAAAGGUAAGAACGGGUCUGAAUGCUCUUGGAGAUUUAAAACCCUGAAACAAUAUGAAAAGAAGAGAGGAGCGGUGUCUACGAGGGCAGACGAAGCCUAUGAUGAGUUAACAACGUUGGAUGACAUGUUUUUCUCUGAAAACACCCAAAACUCAACUGAAAAUGAAGAUAUCAAAGCUUUUCUUGACCUCGUGAAGAAAAUGUUAACAGUGGAUCCAGCAAACCGGAUUCUGCCAGCUGAUGCUCUAAAACACCCUUUCAUCACGAUGGAGCAUCUUGAUGGCUCUUCAGAUAAAAGUUAUGUGAGAAACGCUCGUAAAUUAAUGAGAAAUGUCCAACCAGGGAAAUUUCCUUCAGAUGGUGAAAGUGUAAUCAGCGAACGCCCUGGGCCCAGUCAGGUGCCAGGUGUUCAAACAGACUUGGAUAGAUCUUUACCAAAGGCAGAAUGUGAUAAAUCGGCAUUCAGUACAAAAUUUAGUUCAAAAGAAAUAGUAGAGGGUUAUUUAACAGAAUGCAAAAGAGGAAACAUUACAGAGAAAACUUCUAUUGACACCAGAGAGAAGAAUGAGUCACUUCAUGUCUUGAAGAAUGAAGAAGCAAUGUGUAGCAAAAAGUUAUUGGAGAUAACCAGCACAGUAAACACAGAGGAACUGCAUAUGGGUAAUCUUUCACCAAACCAAUCUACAGAUUGGGAAACUUCUUCCUCAGACACAGAUGAGACAAACUCAUCUGACUCAGAAAGCUCAUCUUCAAAACUAAUCCCAGGUAUGAUGAUUACUGGCGACUCAAAGGAUUACAUUGUAGAAGAGGUACUUGGAUCUGGGUCAUACGGAGCGGUGGCCAGGUGCCGAAUACGGGGAACAGAAAAGGUUGUAGCUUUGAAAAAAAGCAGUGGCCUUGAUUCCAGCAGUUUUUACAAUGAGACUAAAAUAUUAGAACGUCUGAACAAACUCCCACAAUGCAAUAAACAUUUUAUCAGAUUGAAUGACAGUUUCUGCUGUCAAGACUUUCUUUAUCAGGAAUUCGAGCUUUUGGAUAAGGAUCUGUGGGACUUUACAGAGAAAGGUGGUCCUUUAAAGGUGGCUGAAGUCAGAGUGAUUGCCCAGCAGACUUUAGUAGCGCUUAACAUUUUGAAACAGCUUGGUAUUACUCACACAGAUCUGAAACUUGAAAAUAUCAUGCUUGUAAAUCAUGAAGCACAACCAUUCAGAGUGAAGCUGAUUGAUUUUGGGUUGGCUGUUGAGACUGAACGUUUACUACAGAAAGGUAUCUUUCAGCCUUUGCCGUACAGAGCUCCAGAGAUAACUCUUGGUCUACCACGAGAUGAAGCUAUAACCACUUGGAGUCUUGGCUGUCUCUUGUCUGUUCUGUUUCUUCAUUAUUUUCCGUUCCCACAUGAUAACGAAUACGAUUAUCUGAGAAUAAUUAAAAAGCUCCUUGGUCAACCUGACCAAAAACUACUGGACGAGGGGACUCUAGUCUCAGACUAUUUCAGAAAAGGCAAGAACGGGUCUGAAUGCUCUUGGAGAUUUAAAACCCUGAAACAAUACGAAAAGAAGAAAGGAGCGGUGUCUACGAGGGCAGAUGCAGCCUAUGAUAAUUUUACAACGCUGGAUGACAUGUUUUUCUCUCAAAACUCCAAAAACUCAACUGAAAAUGAAGAUAUCAAAGCUUUUCUUGACCUCGUGAAGAAAAUGUUAACAGUGGAUCCAGCAAACCGGAUUCUGCCAGCUGAUGCUCUAAAACACCCUUUCAUCACGAUGGAGCAUCUUGAUGGCUCUUCAGAUAAAAGUUAUGUGAGAAACGCUCGUAAAUUAAUGAGAAAUGUCCAACCAGGGAAAUUUCCUUCAGAUGGUGAAAGUGUAAUCAGCGAACGCCCUGGGCCAAAUUUAAGUUCAAAAGAAAUAGUGAAAAAGUCUCUCGAAAAACAGAAAGGAAUGAAACAUACUGAUGCCAAAAGAAAUACAGUUCUUAAGAAGAUUAAGAACUUCUUCACCGAAAAGUUCCACUCCAUCAACUGUUACUUGUCUAAAUUCUGGUAG